CCGCUUGGAAAAACUGCACUUCAGCUUCAGUGCGAUUUUCAAGCUGAGCGCAGACGGUUGAUCCAAAUCCCACAACUGUAAAUAAAGAAAACCUGAAAAGACAUAGAAGAAGAAAUGUUGAAGCCAGAGACGAUGCUCACAGCGCUGCUGCUUGUGGCUGGCCUAGCGAUUGCCAUUGAAGUGCAGAGAUUCGGACACCUGUAUAAUCCGCCACAACCAGAGCAUCAUGAACGCCGCGAAGAUAAACAGGAUCUAAAUAAAAUACCGGGAUUGCCGGGAGUUGAUUAUCCGAUUUACCAUGAAGUGCCGCAUACCCAAUUCAGUUGUCACAAUGUGCCCGCCGUUCCGGGCAUGUAUGCGAAUGUGGAGACCGGAUGCCAGGCUUAUCACGUGUGCCACGACGGCCGGGAGGGACACCAGGGCGCCUCGUUCCUCUGCACAAACGGCACCAUAUUCAAUCAGAAGGAGUUUGCAUGCGACUGGUGGUACAAUGUGAAAUGCGAGGAGGCCAUUAGCCUUUACCACUUAAAUGCGGAUCCGGAGCAUAAUCCCUAUGUGCCGAAAAAGAAGCCUGAAUUGGAGCAUGAGGCACAUCUGCCACAUGAUGCUCAUGGAUUUUUGAUACACGCCUAAAUAUUAUAACAUAUAUGUAACUAAUUAUUUAAUUGUUAUGUUACGUUUUUACGGCAAUAAACUUCAUUUCAAAUUUGA